CGCAGAGAAAUAUCACCCGCACUAUAUUCCUGCGCUGUGCUCCGAGCUGUACGCAUUCACCAUGGGGCUUGUCGCUGUCGUCUGCUUCGUCUCCCUUCUGCAGACAGUCCUGGGAGCGUCCAACUUCAAAUGCCCCAGCGGCAAUGGCUUCUUCCCCGACCCGGAGCAGUGCGACAUGUAUUACGAGUGCAGGCGUGGUGUAGCCCACGAGAAACUUUGUCCCGACGGUAUGGCGUUCCUGGCCAACAACCCACUCUACGGCAGGUGUGACUUCACGCCCAACGUUGACUGCUCCAGCAGGCCGUACCUACAAAAUGCCAAACCGAGCAAGAAAUGUCCUCGCAGCAACGGCUACUUCCCUCACGAGGACCCCAAGGCUUGCGGAGAAUUCUACCAGUGUCACAAAGGGGUCGCUUCGACGAUAGCUUGUCAAAAAGGCCUAGCCUUCAACCCUGCCGUUGGAGGGUGUGAGUGGGCCGCCAAGGUACCCGGAUGCGAACAUCUCGCAAGACAUCCUGAGGACGAUUCCAGCACUCAUCACGGUGAAACUACUGCUGACUACGAGUAGAUACCCCGGAUGGACUACCACGAGUCACAAGUCUUCAACUGCCACACUUUGGUGCUGCUGAGGAACUUUUGCGCUCCGUGUAACUGCCGAGUAUUUUGUCGCGACUACCGUGACAAAGAAUGAGUGCGUAGAAGGACAUUCGAUCACAGCUGGUUCCGUGCGGACUGGUUGUUCCAUGCUCAAUUAAAUGAUCAGACGUGACCGAAAGAUCACGCGGACAAAAGUGAAUGCCUAUAUGUUGUGACUUCAUAAAGAUAUCGUUUAGCUCUUA